AUGGAGUUUGGGAGAUUUGCUUGGCUUGUGUUGCUGGUUUGCUUUGGGUUGUGUUUCUCUUCCACACAAGGAUACAGAUUCUAUGUUGGUGGGAGAGAUGGGUGGGUCUUGAACCCCUCUGAGAACUACAUCCAGUGGUCUGGGAGGAACAGGUUCCAGGUCAAUAACACUCUAUAUUUCAAGUACAAGAAAGGAACAGACUCAGUGCUUGUGGUGAACAAGGAUGACUACUUCAAGUGCAACACCAAGAACCCAAUUCAAAAGCUAGAUGGUGGUGACUCAGAGUUCACCCUUGAUAGGUCUGGGCCAUUCUACUUCAUCAGUGGGCAAGAUGGUAAUUGUGACAAGGGCCAGAAACUCUCCAUAGUUGUCUUGGCUGUUAGGCAUCACAACAAACCAAACCCUCCUACUGUUGCUCCCACAACUCCCCCUAGCACCAGCCCUACCUCCCCAUCCCCCAAAUCUCCAUCUCCUCAGUACCCUCAUCACCCUCCUGGGACCUCACCACAGUACCCUCAUCACCCUCCUGGGACCUCACCAUCACCAGCACCAGUGGGCUACCCUCCUGCCACCACCCCAUCACCAGUGGGCUACCCUCCUGCCACCACCCCAUCACCAGUGGGCUACCCUCCUGCCACCUCCCCAUCACCAGUGGGCUACCCUCCUGCCACCUCACCAUCCCCAUCAACAUCAUCUCCAGGGCUAGCGCCAGUUCCAUCUUCAUCCCCGACUCUUACUCCAUCUCUUUCUCCGCCCUCACCGCCCCCCGAGGGGUUCACACCGGCCCCUUCCUCAGAGUCUGCGGGCCCCACACCGCCGGGAACCGUUGCUUCGCCACCGCCCGGGACAGCGGACUCGACGGCUCCGGUACCGGCGGGGAGUGGAGCGUCGCAUAGUGUAACGGCUCCUUCGAGCGUGUUGGUGGCUUCCGUUGUUGUUUUUAUCAGUGUGGCUCUGAUGAGCAGCUUUGUGCAGGGUGGUGCUCGCCCUCAGGCUGAAGCCCAGGCAAGAUCUGCCCUUAGACUUGCCCGGACUGCAGGUGCUACACUAGAGGUCCAAAACCGAGGGAAUGGGCCUCUUGCUCUGGCUAAAGUCGCAGCGGUAGAAAUGCUCUUAGAAGUGUAA